AUGAGCGAGCGUGUUUGGCUCGAAGUGGGACAUUCGUGUCAACCACGAAGUAAUGCGCGGGGUCGUGCACAAGCGCUUGACUGGCUGCUGUGGGUGUGCGGGGCGAACGGUCUCGACAUCAGCGCUUUCGUGCAUAAAGUUGUCUUCCUUUUGAGACCUGCUAGCGCGUUUGUCUACCCCAAAGGAGAGGUUUGGAUGCCGUCGUAUGAGAUCCAAGAGACGGGAAGCGUGUCUUCAGAAAUAAUGAUUGACGUGUAUUUAAAACACAGCACUGAACCAAAGAAGGUUCGCUUAAGUAAUAGUGUGGUGAUAGAAGACGAGGUCGGAGGUGGCGAGGUGGUAGGGCAUGCCGAUGCGAACAAUCCUAGCGAUCGUCUGGUGAUAAUACCGGAAACACAUGCCACACCUACCCCGUCUCGACACAAAUUUAUAAAGCCUGUACAAUGCAAACAUGUUCGGCGAAGAUCAUCGAAGCUGUACGUCCUCAAUGAUACUUGCACUAAAUGCGGCAAGUCGCAAAUCCAAUUAAAGAAUCAGUUGCGUUUAUCGAAAAUGACAGAGGACGAAAUAGAAUGUGCGACGCGACUCUGUGUUGCUUUCUCUGAUUACGAAAAGCACUUGGAUGCGAUCACAUUGCCGCCGCUCUCCGACUCUAUUUAUAGUGUACCUGAGUUGCCAGCAUCACUACAGGAAAUGAUGAAGAACGCUGAAAUCGAAAAGCCUGAGCUUUGA